UCAAGAUGGCGCAGAUCAACUUCCUUUGAUACCGAGGACCGACGAGCGAGGAAAUGAAAAUAACCGACCUGAGACGCAGCCCAAGUGUGUGUGUGCGUGUGUCUAUCAACCGGUCAGCAUGGCGUUUCAGAACAAGAAGAGCAGCGCGAGACCCGCGGGCGACCGUCUGCUCAUCAAAGGAGGGAAAGUCGUGAACGAUGAUCAGUCGUUUUACGCCGACAUCUACGUUGAGGACGGGAUCAUCAAGCAGAUGGGGGAGAGCCUCCUGGUCCCGGGGGGGGGUUUCCAGACGGUAGAGGCCUACGGUCAGCUGGUGUUUCCUGGAGGCGUCGAUGCUAACACCAGCCUGUUCUCCCCCCAGAGAGGCCAGCAGCCUGCAGACGACCUGCAGCGAGGAACCAGAGCGGCUCUGUGGGGAGGAACCACCACCAUCU